AGAAAUGGUAGUAAAGAAGAAGAAAGGAGAGACGAGAGAGAGCGGAGAGGCAGAGAAAGAAAUGGUAGUAAAGAAGAAGAAAGGAGAGACGAGAGAGAGCGGAGAGGCAGAGAAAGAAAUGGUAGUAAAGAAGAAGAAAGGAGAGACGAGAGAGAGCGGAGAGGCAGAGAAAGAAAUGGUAGUAAAGAAGAAGAAAGGAGAGACGAGAGAGAGCGGAGAGGCAGAGAAAGAAAUGGUAGUAAAGAAGAAGAAAGGAGCUGAGGCCACAGUAGCAGUACAGGAGGAGGAACAGAAUAACACCAAAAAGAAGAAACCCAAGUUCUCCAGCAGCGCUGCAGACACCACCAUGGAGACGGAAGGAAAGGAGGGCAAGAUGAAGAAAGAGAAGAGAAAGGCCUCUGCACUAACAGAGAAGGAGGAUGUGAUGGUGGUGGACAAGCGGAAGCCCAAACAUAUGAAAAGGGUGGAUACGAAAGGAGUAGUGGAACAGGCGGAGGACGGAGAGAGCAAGGGAAGGAAAAAGGUGAAGAAGAGCUCCUCUGAGGUAGAGACAGAAAUGGAGGACAGCACCCCUCACAAGAAAGGGAAGAAGAUUAUGACGAAGGGGAAAAAGAAGAUAAAGGUGGAGAGCUGCACCCCUGAAGACCAGGAGAGGGACCAGACGGACGUGGUUUUCCUGUCAGAGACCAGGGGAAACGCCUUCGAGAUCAAUAUUGAUCAGGGGAGACGCCUGGCCUUGCAGAAUGAGAUCGACCAGAAGUCUAAUCCAGUCCAACUCAAACCGGUACCAUCGGGUUUGGGCCAGUGGGGCACUGCCCAGUUUGACAGUUCCGACCAACACAAUAAGUUCCUGCGGUUGAUGGGCGGCUUCAAGAAGGGCGGGCAGCCAAUGGCAGCGAGCGGUGCGACGGGAGGGCGGGCCAACAUGGCGCUGACUAAAGACGGACAGCAGAGCUUGCAGCAAGGCCUACUGGGCGAGUUUGAGCGCGCUCAGUCGCGCCGCAUGGACUUCACGGGAAAGGGGGCGGGACUUGGGUUCUCAGCGCCGUCCAAUAAGAAGUUCUCGAUUGACAUCAACACAACCCGAUCUGUGCGCUUCGAUGACUGAGUCGGGACGGACCCUUGAGUGUGUGUCUAGCAGCCAAAACAGAUUUGGAUGAGCGUGUGUACCUUUUCUCUUGCAGGGUCUUGGGAUUGUCUGUCUGUCUGCGAAUGUGGUGUGUAUUAAUGUAUAUACGGUACCAGUCAAAAGUUUGGACACACCUACUCAUUACAGCGUUUUUCUUUAUUUUGGACUAUUUUCUACAUUGUAGAAUAAUAGUGAAGACAUCAAAUAACACAUGGAAUCAGGCUGUAACCAAAAAAGUGUUAAACAAAUCAAAAUAUAUUUUAUAUUUGAGAUUCUUCAAAGUAGCCACCCUUUGCCUUGAUGACAGCUUUGCACACUCUUGGCAAAUAUAUUUUGAUUUGUUGAACACUUUUUUUGGUUACUACAUGGUUCCAUAUGUGUUAUUUUAUCGUUUUGAUGUCUUCACUAUUAUUCUACAAUGUAGAAAAAGCUAAAGAAAAAUCCUGAAAUGAGUCUCCCAACUUUUGACUGGUAACAAAAAUAUAAAUGCAAUAAUUUCAAUGAGUUACAGUUAUAAAGAAAUCAGAAAUACAUUCAUUAGGCCCUAAUCUAUAGAUUUCACAUGGAUGGGCCUACCCACUGGGGAGCCAGGUCCAGCCAAUCAAAAAGGGCAUUUCCCCACAAAAAGGCUUUAUUACAGACAGAAAUACUCAGUUUUAUCUGCUGUCUGGGUGGAGGGUCUCAGACGAUCCCGCAGGUGAAGAAGACUGAACUUCGAGGUCCUGGGCUGGCUUGGUUACACGAGGUCUGUGGUUGUGAGGUUGGUUGGAUGUACUGCCAAAUUCUCGAAAAUGACAUUGGAGGCAACUUAUGGUAAAAAAUGAACAUUCAAAUCUUUGGCAACAGCUCUGGUGGACAUUCCUGUAGUCAGCAUGCCAAUUGCACACGCCCUCAAAACUUGAGGUAUCUGUGGCAAAACUGCACAUUUGAGUGGCAUUUUGUCCCCAGCACAAGGUGCACCUGUGUAAUUGAUAUGACACACCUGUCAGGUGGAUGGAUUAUCUAGGAAAAGGAGAAAUGCUCACUAACAUGGAUGUAAGCGAGUGUGUACACAAUGAGAAAAAUAACAUUUGUGUGUGUAUGGAA